AUGAGCACCAACAGCCCCAUUGGGACGAUCGUGCGACCUCCACCGAGACCGAGCGACGAGGACGACCACAAGAAGCGCGCUGCAGUGAUCGCCCAAAAGCUCAGCGAAUCACAGAGCGCGCUCUACAAGGUGCAAACGCAGAUACGGGAACUGCAGAGCAUGUACCGGAAGGAGCUGGACCAGUGCCUGUCCAACAUCGCCCUGACCAAUGUCAUCCGCCAAGCCGACGAGGCGGGCUUGAAGAAGCGCACCACGGAGGAGGCCGCCGCCGAAGCCCUGGUCGAGGCCGAAGCCGAGUCGGAGACCACCGCGUCCGAGGUCUCGGAAGCGGAGGCCGACGACGAUGAAGAGGACGGCGCCGAUGACGACGACGGCGCCGAUGAUGAGGAAUUCGCAACGGCCACGGUCAACGAGACCGAGCUCGCGAUGCGGUUCUUCAACGACCGCAAGGAGCUGCUGGAGCGCAUCGUAGCCAACCUGCAGGAAAUCCUGGACUCCAAGGACCUGAUGACGCCGUCGGUCGAGCGUCAACCGUCGUUCAAGCGUCUGGCCGAUCUGAAGGCCAUCAAGGACUCUGAGGCUUCGGCUUCGGCUUCGGGCGCUGCCGCCGGUCCGUCGCUCCGGACACCGCCGCAGACGCCGCUGCCGCCGCUCCCCGCGCACGCCAAGGCCCGCAUGUCGUGCGGCCAGCCGGCCUUGGUGCGCGUCAGCGAGCUGAUGGAGAGCGAGGCCAUUCAAAAGAACGACUCCUCGCCCAAGCCCGGGGGCAAGGACGGCGUCGACGAGGAGGAAAAAGAAAGACAGAGGAAGAGGUUGCUUACGCCACUCGAGCGAACGCGGGAAGAGUUUUUUGAGACGGAGGAGAGCUACGUGGCGGGUCUGGCAAUCAUAGUCAAGGUCUACUUGGUGGGGGUCACGGGCAUACUGAGCCCCAACGACCUCGACACGAUCUUCUCCAACGUGGCGACCAUCUUCGAGAUCCACAAGAACCUGCUGCAGGACAUCUCCCAUAUCAAGGACAAGGAGCGCGCCCAGACGGGCAAGUCGUUCGGUGAUUCGCUCAAGGCCUUCAUUCCAUUCCUGAAGAUGUACACCGUCUAUAUCAACGCCUUCGACGAUGCCAACAAGCGCAUCGGCGAGCUGAUGAACACGUCGAAGAAGUUCGCUGCCUAUCUGCAAGAGGCCCAGGCGCGGCCCGAGUGCAAGAAGCUGGACUUGACGUCGUACCUGAUCAUGCCCGUGCAGCGCCUACCGCGAUACGAACUGCUCCUGCGGGAUCUCAUCAGGCUGACCCCGCCCGAAGACUCUGAACACCCCAAGCUGAGCUCGCUCUUGGAGGCUGUGGUGUUGGUCAACAAGCAUGUGAACGAGAGCAAGAAGAAUGCCGAACUUCGACAAAAACUCCAGGUCUCGAUCAAGGACAAGGUCGACAUCUUCUCUCGGGUCAACCGACAUCUGAUCCGAGAGGGCUCCUUCCAGUCCUACGAGCUCCGAUUGCAGGACCAGGGCAAAGAAACCGCUGCGGAGCUGGCGCGGCAGAACGUGGAGGGCGUGAGCCUGCUCAACGUCUCGCUCAAGCGGCUGCCCUUCAAGGAGCGCUACUUCUUCCUCUUCGAUGACUACCUCCUCGAGGUCUCACUGCCCACACGAAGCGGCAAAUACAAAUUCAUCCGGAAAGUCGACCUCAGAAAUAUGACCGCGGUCUCGUGGGAGAAGGACAAGGAGCGAGAGCUCAAGGACCUGUUCCCACAGCGGGCGCCGAAUGCGAACUCCGAAACCCCGACGUUGUCGAACGAGAUAUUGAUGCUGAGUCCAGCCAUCAUGGAAGACGAAGACAAACUGGUCCUCUCGGUGGUGGAUGGAACUAAACGCUACCUCUACAAAUUCAAAUCCACGACUGAGCGCGAUGAUUGGCACGACGUACUCAACAAACAAUCCGCCAAAUGCAAGGCGGAACCAGCGAGCGCAGUGCCCGAGCUGGAAAUCGCGGACCGAGGGCAGUCCUCGCUAAGCAACCUGCUCGGUUUCAGCCCAGCAUCAAUGCUGACGCCGCGGGAAGUGAAGAGGCCCAAGAAGUCCAAGAAGAAGUCCAAGUCGAAGAAGCUCGCCUCGUCGGCCACCUCGCUGGUCGCGGGCAAGAAGAAGCGCUCGGCCGACUUGCUCGCUCUCGACUCCGGCGCCGCGCCCGACUCGCCCACGAUGGCCCGGACCGCCUCGGCCAUGGCCGACGCCGCAGCAGCCUAUGUCGCCGAGGUCGACCGCCGGGCCAACCCGCCGACGGUCGCGCGCAGCACGAGCAGCCUCGCCGUC